CUCCUGUCUCCUCUCUCUCUUUCUCUUUCUCUUUCUCUCUCCUCUCUCCUCUCUCUCCAGAAGGGAAAAUAAACCCUAACUAAAAGAGCUGUUUACCCACAAUUUUGAUGGAUGACGACGGAUUGAACAUGAGGAACUGGGGUUAUUAUGAACCUUCUUCCCUUAAAGGGAAUCUUGCUCUGCAGCUUAUGUCAUCUGUGGCGGAUCGGGACACGAAACCUUUCCUUUCUGGGCGUGAUAGUGGUGUGAUGGGAGCUGCCAAUGGAGUGUAUCAUCCCCGGGAUUAUUUAAUUUCAGGAGCUCCUGAUCACAUGGACUAUGUGAGGGACAGUUGGAUAAACCAUCGAGACAAAUUCGUUCACAUGUUUCCGGGGAAUCCAUACAAUACUGUGCUUCCAGAGACUUCUGGAACUCAUCAAAUGCAGAUGCUGCAACAACCUGAACCUAGCAAGGAUGCCAGGGUGAGUGUGGAGGAUGUUGGUGUCAGAAAGGAGCCUGGUUCUGCAAAAAAGAGGGCAGCUGUUUCUGUCCCAAAGGCCCCUAAAUCAAAGAAGCCAAAGAAAAACCCUGCUGUGCCAAAGGAAAAUGGAAGUUCCUCGGGUCAGCGAAGCAAAGCAGUGAAGAAGAGCAUGGACGUUGUGAUAAAUGGGAUUGAUCUGGACAUUUCUGGUAUUCCUAUUCCUGUUUGCUCUUGCACUGGUACUCCUCAGCAAUGCUAUCGAUGGGGAUGUGGCGGUUGGCAAUCAGCUUGCUGUACCACGACUAUAUCUAUGUAUCCCUUGCCAAUGAGUGCCAAAAGACGUGGAGCCAGAAUUGCUGGAAGGAAGAUGAGUCAGGGUGCUUUCAAAAAGGUUUUGGAGAAACUUGCAGCUGAGGGUUAUAACUUUGCUAAUCCAAUUGAUCUCAGGAGUCACUGGGCCAAGCAUGGUACCAACAAGUUUGUAACAAUCAGGUAGACCUGGACAGUGGGUACAAUUAGUGGACUGCCACUGCACCCGGUCUGUUUCUCCUGUAUAUAUAUCUGUGGCCUUCUGCAAAGGUUAAUUUGGCAUCCUGUAGUCCAUCAAUUUUACUGUCAUGAGGACAUCUGUCUUCAACUUCCAGAUAUGAUUUUCAAGAGGCGUUGUUUAAUUUCCUUUCUGUUGGUGUCAAUGGCUAGCAAGUUAUCUGGCCACUGAGUGUAGGAAUGUCAAUGACUUUUCCUUUAAUUAAUUGGAGAAUUUUUUUAAUUUUAAGUAUGUAUUAAUGAUCUUUCCUUC